CAACUGGCUUUUUGCAUCAUGGAACUUGCAAGACAUCCUACCAUAGUUGAGUAAGCAAGGCAAGAGGUGGAUGAUGUCAUCGGGAUGAAACGAGACAUAAGCUAUGACGACCUGGGUCAGCUGAUCUAUCUCUCACAGGUGCUAAAAGAGACUCUGAGGAUUUACCCGACGGUUCCAGGUGUAACUCGUGAGCUUCCUGAAGACAUGGUCAUCAGUGGUAUCCACAUACCUGGAGGAUGUGUUUGUGCUUUCAGCUCCUAUGCGACUGGCAGAAUGGAGAAAUUCUUCAAGGACCCACUGACAUUUGAUCCUGACAGAUUUCACCCAGAUGCUCCGAAGCCUUAUUACUGCUACUACCCCUUUUCCCUGGGUCCACGCUCCUGUCUGGGACAGAACUUUGCUCAGAUGGAAGCUAAGGUGGUGAUGGCCAAGCUGCUCCAAAGGUUUGACUUCACUCUUGUCCCAGGACAGACAUUUGACAUCCUGGACACUGGCACACUCAGGCCAAAGAGUGGAGUGGUGUGCACUGUCAGUCACAGGAAUGAUAAGAAAUAGAUGGUCAUACAGUACCAUAACAUAAGAACAAACCAUAACUGUCUGUGUGGUGAAAUUGGGUUGUUGAGUUGCUGAAACCAGCUAACCAGCUUACAGCUACAAGUGCAUGAUUAGUUUUAUUUUUUACAAUAUUUCUUCAUUC